GGUCCCCGAGUUUGGCGCAGAGACCCCUGGGUGGAAUAGGUCUGAGGAGCCCUUCCUGGGACCGGAAACUCCUCUGAGGAGUUUCUACCGGCACCGGAAGUUGCUCUGAGGUAGACUUGAGUUUGAGGAGUUGGGUUUCCUGGGAGACGGGAAAGCAUCUGUUACUGGGUCCCCAUCCCCGCCGAGAAAAGUUUGUCAGAUCUUCUGGGCCUGAUGGCUGAAGAUGAAUGCCCCAAUGACACUAGGAACCUUGGGUAACUAUCCAGGCGCUUGUUGGGAUUUGUCUUGCUACUUGCGGUAGUGUGGAGACGCAUUCAGCAUGAACAGAAAGGCAGCCAUAGAAGGAUGAGAGCUUUUCUCUCAGAUCUUCCGCAGCUCUGCUAGCUGGAGACAUGGAGGGGAAGGAGGAGAAGCAUAAAAAAGGUCCCUGGAACCAGGCAGCUAUGGCUGAGGAGUUUGUGGCCCUCAAGGAUGUGACCAUGGAUUUCACUUCGGAAGACUGGGAAGAGCUGGAGCUAGAGCUGGACCACAGGGACCUGUUCUGGGAUGGGACACUGAACACCUGCCAGGACCUUGUCUUGUUCAGUAAGUGUCACCCUGAUCCAGGGUCCUACCCCCCACGGCCCAGCCUGAUUUCCCAACCAGAAGUCUGUGAAGCACUGGAAGCUAUGAUCAAAGGAGGCCCCGCCGCCCCCAGUGCAGAAGUCACUGAGACCAAGAGCUCUCCUUUGCAGCAGGGCUCCUUGGAAGAAGGCCUCUCCCACGUCACGGAGACAUAUUCCAAGGAGGAACUCAACUUUGGAGCCUGUCUAGGCAAGAACUGGCCAGCUAGUUUUCUGAGAGAUCCGCAACGUCUCCCAAGAGCUGACAGUACCGACAAGGAAAGCCGCACAGAUUGCAAGAGUCCUGAAUUCACGAGCGGCCCCAGUCCUGGGCCUCUGUGCUCCGCAGGAGAGGACGCUGUGCUAGCUGGUAGUGCUGAGAAGACCCUCACAGCAGUGAUGCCACAAGAACCCGGGAGUGACUUCAGCUGGUGCUUAGAGCAGAGCCAGCAGGACUCCGUCCAGGCGGAGGAGAAGCUAUACAAGUGUAGUGAGUGUGGGGAAAGCUUCGGCCAGAGUUUCCACCUCAUCCAGCACUGGAUUGUCCACGUGAGGGAGCAGGAGCUCAGCAAGGGUGCUUCCCUUCUCCUGCGGCCAGUGACUCAGACAUGCCACAAAUCCUACACGUGUCAGGAAUGCGGGAAAAGGUUUAGUCAGAAUAUGUACCUCCAGUGGCAUCAGAAAAUUCACACUGGAGAAAAACUCUGUAAAACUCAAAGUGGUAACCUAGAAAAGCCGUCGAAGAGUCAAAGUGGUGUGCCCCAAAAGCUGCAGCAGAGUGAAGGCGCUGGUUCAGCAGGAGGGGGUGCCGUUCAAGGUCAGGACCAAGAAAAACCACCUGCUGGUAAAAGUAGUGACCACGGCAAGCUGCCUGAGAGUCAGAACGGUGACGCUCCAUCCAUUCUUCAUCCACAGCCUAUUAAACAUCCGAAACCUCCCGCGAGUGCUAUGCCCUGCAGAUGGAGGAGAUACGGGAAGGCACUCAGCCAGGCCCUUCAUCCAGCUGCGCACCAGAAAGCCCACACCCAGAAGCUCUAUGAGUGCGCUGCGUGCCCCGAAACCUUCAACCUAAGGAAGCAUUUCUUGCAACAUCGGAAAACUCACUUUACAAAAACCGUCUUUGAGUGUCAAGAGUGCAGAAAGACCUUUAGUCACAGGUCCUCCCUCAUUGAACACCAGGCCGUUCACACAGGCGAGAAGCCAUAUAAGUGUAAUGAAUGUGGGAAAGCUGUCAGCCAUUACUCCACCCUGAAGAUCCACCAGAGGCUGCACAGUGGAGAGAAGCCGUACAAAUGCAGCGAGUGUGGGAAAGCCUUCUGUCGGAGCACACGCCUUAAGGAGCAUCAACAAAUCCACUCGGGCUACCGGCCCCACCAGUGUCCAGAAUGUGUCAGGAGUUUUAGCCGUCCCUCACACUUGACCCGCCAUCAGCUGAGCCAUGCCACAGAGAAGCUCUUUGCCUGUGCUAAAUGCAAGGAGACCUUCAGCCAUAAAGAGCAGCUAGCGCAGCACCGCAAAGGUCACAGCAUCGAGUCCCUGUAUGAGUGUGAGCAAUGUGGAGAACACUUCAUUUGCAGCUCGACUCUGAAUUGCCACCUGAGCAUUCACACCAGAGAAAAUACAGGCGAGAAAGGGCUGGGUCAGAACUCAAGGCACACUGAGAAACGCUUUAAGUGUAACAAGUGUGGCAAAGCCUUUAACCACAGCAGAUACCUCAGGAAGCACGAGAAGAUUCACACCAAGGUGACGUCUGAGCACAGAGGACGUGGGGAAGCCUGUGACCAGAGUGUGCAGCUCCCUGGCCAUCCAAGCAUCCAUGCUGGUAAGACACCAGAUGAAUGCAGUGAGUCUGAGAAAUGCUCUCCUAACACCUCUGUCACUGAGCCCCAGCCUUCCCAAAGUGCACGUCCCUUUAAAUGCAGCAAGUGCAGCAAGGCCUUCGGCCAGCGUGCCCACCUUUUGAAGCAUGAGUUAAUCCACACUGGGGAGAAACCCUUUAAAUGCAGCGAGUGCGGCAGAGCCUUCAAGGAGAGCAGCUACCUCCUUCAGCACCAGCGAGCCCAUGCUGGAAGGAAGCACUUGGCGUGCAGCGAGUGUGGGAAAACCUUUAGUCAGAGUUCGUGCCUUUCUAAGCAUUGGAAAAUCCACACCGGGGAGAAGCCCUUUUCAUGUGGGGACUGUGGCAAAGCCUUCAUUUUGGGUGCCCAACUCCUCCGACACCGGAGAAUUCACACUGGAGAAAAGCCUUAUGUCUGUGAAGAGUGUGGGAAAGCCUUCCGCCAGAGCUCGUGCCUGAUGCUCCACCGCAGAGUCCACACUGGCGAGAAGCCGUACACAUGCAGCCAGUGUGGGAAAGCCUUCUCCCAGAAAGCCAACCAGAGAAAGCACGAGCGGAUUCACAGCGGGGAAAAGCCUUACGCCUGCGAUGAGUGUGGGAAAGCCUUUGGCCUCAGCACCCAUCUCAGCCAACACCGCAGAGUCCACACCCGGGAGAAGCCAUGUUGUCAAGAUUGUCACAAAGCCUUUUACAGCUAUGCUGCUCUUAGCAAACACCGGCGACUUCACCUUUGUAAAGUAACAAGUGGCACUGCCGAGAGCCACUUGGUGACAGCAGAGUCCCAUGCUUCUGAAAGCGUUCAUCUGAAGCCAUCCACCAAAACCAACACAUUGCAAACCUCCCCUCCUGUUAAGUCAUAAUAAAAG